ACGAAACAAAAUCUGGCACGGAAGGAAGAAAAUCUUCAGAGGCUGCAUCUGCUGAGGACAAAAAUAAACAUGACGAUCAAAGCAAAGAGCGUGAGGCUGCUCUAGACUCGCCUUCAAAACAGCUCCCUGACCAGAUUUCCUUCUUCAGUGGGAAUCCCUCAGUUGAAAUCGUUCACGGCAUUAUGCAUCUGUACAAAACAAACAAGAUGACCUCCUUAAAAGAAGACGUGAGGCGCAGCGCCAUGCUGUGUAUCCUCACGGUCCCUGCCACCAUGACCAGCCAUGACCUGAUGAAGUUUGUGGCCUCUUUCUAUGAAGUAAUCGAGCACAUGAAAAUCAUCCGGGAUUCCACUCCAAACCAGUACAUGGUGCUGAUCAAGUUUAGCUCGCAGGCUGACGCAGACAGCUUUUACAUGGCGUGCAAUGGCCGGCAGUUCAACUCUAUAGAGGAGGACGUUUGCCAGCUGGUGUACGUGGAAAGGGCUGAAGUCCUCAAAUCUGAAGACGGGGCCAGCCUGCCUGUGAUGGAUCUGACAGAGCUCCCGAAGUGCACAGUGUGCCUGGAGAGGAUGGAUGAGUCCGUGAACGGGAUCCUUACCACGCUGUGCAACCACAGCUUUCAUAGCCAGUGUCUGCAGCGGUGGGAGGACACCACGUGUCCUGUCUGCAGGUACUGCCAAACGCCCGAGCCAGUGGAAGAGAACAAGUGUUUUGAGUGUGGAGUUCAAGAAAACCUUUGGAUCUGCCUAAUCUGUGGGCACAUAGGCUGCGGCCGGUACGUGAGUCGACACGCUUACAAGCACUUCGAGGAGACCCAGCACACCUACGCGAUGCAGUUGACCAACCACAGGGUCUGGGACUAUGCUGGAGAUAACUACGUCCAUCGCCUGGUUGCAAGUAAAACUGAUGGGAAGAUAGUUCAGUAUGAGUGCGAGGGAGAUAUGUGUCAGGAAGAGAAAAUUGAUGCCUUACAAUUAGAGUACUCAUAUUUGCUGACAAGCCAGCUGGAAUCGCAGCGCAUCUACUGGGAAAACAAGAUCGUCCGAAUAGAAAAGGAUACGGCUGAAGAGAUUAACAACAUGAAGACCAAAUUUAAAGAGACCAUUGAGAAGUGUGACAGUCUGGAACAGAGGCUGAAUGACUUGCUCAAAGAAAAGCAGUCUGUCGAAAGGAAGUGCUCGCAGCUGAAUAACAAAGUGGCCAAACUUUCCAAUGAGCUGAAGGAGGAGCAGGAACUGAAUAAGUGUCUGCGAGCGAAUCAAGCCUUGCUUCAGAACAAACUGAAGGAGGAGGAGAGAGUUUUAAAGGAAACCUGCGAACAGAAGGACCUGCAGAUCUCCGAGAUCCAGGAGCAGCUGCGGGAUGUCAUGUUCUACUUAGAGACCCAACAGAAAAUCAACCACCUCCCAGCUGAGACCCGACAGGAGAUUCAGGAAGGACAGAUCAACAUUGCCGUGGCAUCUUCUGCCAGCUCCUCCACGGGCAGCACGGGCAAACCUUCUUCCAGGAGAGGCCGUGGCAAGAGGGGCAAAUGAAAAUGGGAAUGCCCUGCUCCCAUCCUGAAGCUGGCCGUGCUGGUGGUAGGCCAGGCUCACCUCUCGGCUGGGAACAGCCGGCUCACUCAAGCUCAGCUAGAAAUUGUCCCCAGAGCUGCUCAUAAAACUGGCUGCCAGUCACUGGAGGUGUCUGUGGUAUUUAAAAGCAUUUCACUGCACUAUUUAGCUAUUUUUUAGGCAGAUCAUAACGACCAUCUUGCCUUCCUGCCUUCUCCAAGCCCCUCCUCUCAUGCGUUCUGACUUUCUUCUUGGAGAGUGUGCUCUUUUGGGGUGGGCGUGUGCGCGCUAAACCCCGCGCUGCCUGCGGGGAUGCUGUAGACUAGGCUAGGCCCAGCGUCUAGGGCCUCU